UAAUUAAAUUUACCAUGGCUGAAAAGUACACUUUUGGCAACACGCCAGCAGCUAUAACAUGCCACGCCUGGAAUAAGGAUCGCUCUCAAAUCGCUUUGUCUCCGAACAACCAUGAGAUUCAUAUCUACAGCCGCGAGGGCCACGGCUGGAAGCUUGCCGAUGUGCUUAACCAGCACGAUUUGCGUGUGAUGGGUAUCGAUUGGGCAAAAGAAACGAAUCGCAUCGUUAGCUGUGCCGCAGAUCGAAAUGCUUAUGUUUGGACGCAAGCGGAGGACGGAAAAUGGAAGCCAACUUUAGUGCUGUUACGGAUUAAUCGUGCUGCUACUUGUGUGAAAUGGUCGCCAGCAGAAAAUAAAUUUGCCGUGGGAUCUGGAGCGCGUCUUAUUUCGGUCUGUUACUUUGAAUCGGAGAACGAUUGGUGGGUAUCGAAGCAUAUUAAGAAGCCGAUAAGGUCAACGGUUACUUCUCUGGAUUGGCAUCCGAAUAAUGUGCUACUGGUGGCUGGCUCCACAGACUACAAGGUACGCGUCUUUUCCGCAUUCAUCAAGGACAUCGAAGAACCGCCGACACCAACGCCCUGGGGCAAUCGGAAGCCCUUGGGUCAACUCAUGGCAGAAUUCAAGAACUCUUCUACCUCUGGGGGAGGCUGGAUCAAUAGUGUCAGCUUCUCCAUUGAUGGUAACAAGGUGUGCUGGGUGGGUCAUGAUAGCUGUGUGAGCAUUGUGGAUGCCACCAAUGGGAAUACGGUAAUUCGCUGUCGCACCGGUUACUUGCCUUUCCUGUCCUGCGAAUGGGUCUCACCCACAUCUGUCGUAGUGGCCGGCUACAGCUGUGUGCCGCUGCUCUACAGCUUGACUUCGGAUAACAAGCUUGUGCUAAGCGGCAAGCUAGACAAAUCACAGAAGCGUGAAGCGGGUGGCAUCACGGCCAUGCACUUCUUCAAGUCUAUGGAUUGUAACAUGCGCACUGAAAAUACGGAUGUAGUCGUGGACUCCAUUCACCAGAACGCCAUUACCAGCAUACGUUUGUAUUCUGGUGACAAGGCAAGUGCGAGCAAGGUGUCCACGUCUGGAGUCGAUGGCCAGUUGGUAAUCUGGACGGUGGAGCAAGAUGGCAUCAAUGGAAGCAUGCGUAACAUGCAGAUCUGAGUGUAUCCCUAAAAUCUGUGUUCGACCCUUGAUUUCCACAUCUAUAUGUUUUUCUUUAUGUACGUUUCCAUUUCAACUGCAGUAAUUUUUUAUUUUUG